AUCAUUUGUCUACCUGGAUCUGUUCCUUAUGACUCUGACAAGGCAGUUCCAUACAACUACAAUGCCACAAUGAUAAAGGAUGGACAAGAAGUUCCUUUACCUACUCUUUCAUCUGUCGUGAACAUCGCUGAUGUGAGUCGAGUAACAAGAAGUGGACGUGUGUAUACUCCACUACCUCCAAAGCAGCCUGUUACUCCUGCAACUGGACAAAAUCCUGUGAAUACACCAGUAGGGAAUCCUGAGGAAACUCCUGUUAGUAAUACAAACACUGAUGUUGGUCAAUCCAGUGGAACCAAUGUGAAUCCUGAUUUUGAUGAAAUUUUGAAGCUUAUCAAAAGAAGUGAAUAUAAGAUUGUGGAUCAGCUUAUGCAGACUCCUUCAAAAAUCUCAAUACUUUCAUUGUUGUUAAAUUCAGAAGCCCACAGGGAAGCCCUGAUGAAGGUCUUGGAUCAAGCUUUUGUAGAUCAUGAUGUGACUGUUGACCAUUUUGAUGGGAUAAUAGCCAACAUAACAGCUUGUAACAAUUUAAGCUUCUGUGAUGAAGAACUCCCCGAGGAGGGUAAAAAUCACAAUCUUGCUUUGCACAUUUCUAUGAACUGUCAGUCAGACUCUUUGUCCAAUGUGUUGGUAGACACCGGAUCUUCCUUGAAUGUGAUGCCAAAGACGACUCUUGCCCGCUUGUCUUACCAAGGAAUGCCUAUGAAGUUCAGUGGUGUAGUUGUCAAAGCAUUUGAUGGAUCGCGAAAAUCUGUUAUCGGCGAAGUCAACCUUCCCAUGACAAUUGGCCCACAUACAUUUCAAAUCACCUUCCAAGUCAUGGACAUUCAAGCUGCUUAUAGCUGUCUGUUAGGACGACCAUGGAUCCAUGAAGCAGGGGCAGUAACUUCUACGCUCCAUCAAAAGUUAAAGUUUGUAACAAAUGGAAAAUUGGUAACAAUAAGUGGAGAACAAGCCAUGAUGGUGAGCCAUUUAUCCAAUUUCUCUUUCAUAAAUGCUGACAGUGAGGAAGGAACGCAGUUCCAAGGUCUCUCUUUAGAAGACGAAUCUUCCAAAAAGAAAGCAUCAAUCUCUUCUUACAAAGAGGCGGUAAAAGUAGUGAAAAAUGGAACUACCACUGGCUGGGGGCAAGUUGUGAUCCCUACUAAGAAUGAAACCAGAGCAGGUCUCGGAUGUUCACCAACAUUCUCAAACUGCACCAAGAAGGAUGAAACCCUUCGUCCGAUCAAAGAAACAUUCAUUAGUGGAGGAUUCCUUAACCCAAUUCCUCGGUGGUGCUGGCCACGAUUUAGAACACUGCUAUGCUUUGAAGGCCUUAGUGCAAGAGUUGGUGAGGAUGAAGCUCCGCUCUUUUAA